CUCUGUUGUGAUGAUAUCUGGCUGUGAGUGGUGACAGUGAGCGGACACCAUGCAGGGCUGGCUCGGUAUCCGGCUCCUGUGCGCCCUGCUUCAGCUCCAGAUUGCAGGGUGCUUUUCAGGAGAUCCGGAACACUUCAAGACCAGAAGUCAGAGGAAGUCAGCUAGCAAUGGUAAACCAGUGAUGAUUUAUCAGAAUGUACAGAGCAUCGAUAAAGGCGCAGACUUGAGUAGCACAGAAAUGCCAAGAAGCACAAUAAAAAUGCCAUCAUUCAACAAGUAUACAGACCAAAGCAGACCUCAUCCUGCCAUGAUUGUCAAGUCCGUCUUACCUAGAGUAUCCAAUGAGCGAAGCAUUCAUUUUGUAGUGAACAAUGACCAGCAGUUAGAAAUUGAAAAGCUUCCUAUUCCUGAAGAUGACUUGAUUUCCGUGGCCAUACAAAUGGAUGUAAAAAAAUUGAAUGUCACCUUACUUCGGAUAUUCCGUGAAGGAAUAGCUGCAGCCUUGGGCCUUUUACCACAGCAAGUGCAUAUUAAUCAUCUGAAUGGCAAGAAGAACUGCAUUGAAUUUUAUAUAUCUUCAGUGAAUGAUAAAAGUGCCACGUUAGAUCCAAUAUCUCCUGAUGAAGUGAUGCAAUCGCUCAAUGUAAAUAUGCUGCACCAAAGUCUGUCACAGUUUGGCAUAACACAGGUUACACCUGAGAAAAAUGUUGUGCAUGGAGAACAUGGGAGGGAUGGGAUUUGGAAUAAAGAAGGAGUCUAUGCUGUGGUUAUCUUCCUCACUGCCUUUGUUAUUGUCAUUACAUGUUUAAUGUUCCUAUACAGGUUGAAGGAAAAACUUCACUUUCAAAUUAACCAGGAUAAACAACAGCAUCAGUCGAUCAAUCUUUCCUCUAUUCCUGUGCAGCAGUCACAGCCAGAGGUUAAAGUUGCAAACAGUAUGGUACAGCCUGGCUCUGUUUCUGGCACUGUAAGUGUUAACAUCGAUCCCCAGGGUUGGCCUGUACCAGAAAUCAAGCCAUAUGUUUCUUCUGGUCCCUCACCAUUCAAAAUGAAGCCAGCUUGUCUUCAAGAAAGGAGAGGCUCAAACGUAUCGCUUACCUUGGAUAUGAGUACCUUGGGAAAUGUUGAAUCACUCAAUAUUGCUCCAACACCCCGUGACAAAAUAUUUCUGGAGUAUCUACAGACUGCUAGCCGGGUGCUCACAAGGUUGCAACUAAGGGAAUGUGUAGCAAGUGCCCAAUCCCUUCAAGCUGAAUUCAUGGAAAUUCCCAUGAAUUUUGUGAAUCCCAAAGAGCUGAAUAUUCCUUGUCAUGGAACUAAGAAUAGAUAUAAAACUAUUUUGCCAAACCCACAUAGCAGAGUAUGUCUUAUACCAAAGAAUGAUGAUGAACCUGUUAGCAAUACCUACAUUAAUGCCAACUACAUUAGGGGUUAUGGUGGUCAGCAGAGGGCAUACAUUGCUACUCAGGGCCCUAUGAUCAAUACAGUGAAUGACUUCUGGCGGAUGGUUUGGCAGGAGGACUGUCCUGUGAUUGUUAUGAUUACCAAGCUGAAAGAAAAAAAUGAGAAAUGCGUUUUAUAUUGGCCAGAGAAACGGGGAAUAUAUGGGAACAUUGAAGUUCUUGUAAACAGCGUUACUGAAUAUGAGCAUUACAUCAUCCGGGACCUUACCCUUAAGACAUAUGAUCAGAGAGAACAGAUUGCACAAAAAUACCACAAUCGCGACAUAGCCGAAAUUGGGAUAGAACUAAUCAACUUUGACACUCUCAUCACAGUUAACCAAAUCCGAGAUGGCCUCGCCAUGUGUGACCAUGAGGGUUAG